AUGCAGGCCACCGACGUAGCUUGUUCUAACCAGGGAACAGUAGGCGACAGCACGCCGCCUGCUGCAGUCUCUGCCUCAACUUCUGUGAGGAGUUCUGGAGAAGAAGCGGAGCAAACGGUGCCUCGAGAGUCCACAAGAGACCAAAAUGGGUACACUUUGCUGCUGGGGAACAGCAGCGAGUCCGAAACCACCGAACUCGACGCUGCAGACGGCCAAAGCACGAGUCCCCUGCUGCCCAGCUCUGGAAGCCAAGAAACAGCAAGUUCUCAAGAAGCAGAGAUGCCAAAUGUUACUCAGGAGGAAGUACAAGCAAGCAUUACAACCCCCAAAGCUCCUCCCAACAGCCCCCAGCGUCAAGAACAACAAGUAGUACAGCCCCACUACCAACGCCAGCAGCAACGCGGCAGAUACCAACACCCAGGAAGCCGAGGAGUUCCCCGCGGAAGCCGGCCUUACGAACAAAGACAAGGAAACUUUGCUGCUAACAACGGAGAGUACCACCCGCACCACAACGGCCCUCAACACCACCGCGGCAGAGGCGGCUACAUCAGCAUUAGACAAGCAUCCACUCACCCCCAGCACUUUCCUCGCCAAUACGCUCACCCACAGCAGCAGCAAAACCAGCAGCACCACCAUCAGCAGCAACAGCAGCAGCCUCGUCGUCCAUUCCCUCGCCAACAAGGCCCGCCACAUUAUCAUGGCUUCGGGCCAAAUGCUGCUCCCCGAGGAGGGAUUUGGUACAAGGCUUCUAGUCCCCCGUAUUACCCACAACACCCGCUGCCACAAGGGUAUUUCAUGCCCCCUCAGCCCGGCCAAGUUAUGCCACCACCGCCCCCACCACCUCCGAUGAACAACAGAGUUCCCUACUCACCAGCUCUGAUGCAUGGACAUCCUAUAUACCCAAUGCCACCACACGUGCAGCCGCUGCAGCCGCCUCGACCUUUAAGCCCUGAAGAACUCCACUUUCUUCAACAGCAACACAUGCACAUGCAUGGUCGGCCUCCCAUGCACCAGCAGCAGAUCCAUCAGCAAUGCCACCAGCACCAGGAGCUACAGAACCAAGAACAGCAGCAGCUACACGCAUUGCAACAAGAGCAGAUGCAACAGGAACAGCCGCAACAAGGGCAGCCUAAACAAGAGCAAGUGCAACAAGAACAGCUGCAAGAAGGGCAGCUGGAACAAGAGCAGCAACAACCGAAGCAACAAGAACAGCAGCAGCAACAACAACCCGAGGUGAAACAGGGUUCUCUGAAUGCGGAACAACCAGUGCAGCAGCACACAGAGCAGCAGGUUGAGCAGCAGCCUCAACCUCAGCAAGAGCAGCCAAUCGCCUUCAAUGAACCAGCAUACACAGAGCAACAACAGCAGUAUGUGGCCGAAAUGAACGGACACCCGGGGCACUUUCACACACACAUGCAACACCAGCAGCCAGGACCCAACAUGCCGCCUCCAACAGAACUUGGACCGCAUCCAGGAUUUCCGCAGCAGCCUGCUUACCCGCCGUUUCCGCAUAUGCAACAUGAGCAGCAAGAACAAAGGUUCAUGCAUCCGCUGCCAAGACCAUUCCAUGCGCAGCAAGGACCUCAUUGGAGGCCGCAGCCACGCUUCCUCAAUCCGCAGCAGCAACGGCUUCAUCAGCAGCAUCAAGAACAUUUGCACCGGCAGCAGAUGAAUCUGCACCAACAAAGGGAGCAAAUACUGCACCAGAAAGCUCAACUAGACGAGCAGCAGCGCAGGUUGCAGCAGCAGCAGCAGCAGUUGUCGUACCCAACAGAUCAACAUGGACGUUCCCAGCAGCCGCAAAAGCACUGGCAGCAAUCAAAGUUUCUGAGCGAAGAGCAAAGGCAAAUCCACCAACAGCAGCAGUACUUGGAGCAGCAACUGAGGCACCUUCAGAAUCAGCAAGAAUUCAUCAACCAUCAACGGGGUUAUCAUCAUGACCCCGAGUUUGUGCAUCAGCGCCUCAUUUAUCUUGAACAGCAGCAGAGGUAUUUGGGAAAGCUGCAGCAGCACCAACAGAUGUACAGCGGCGGCGGCGCAGCAGCUAGACACAUGGUUCCUGACUGGGUUCCUGAUCCUUCACCUUUGGGCUUCUACGACAGUACAGGCCUGUGGAUUCCUUACGGUAUGGAAGAUUACCACAAGAAGCAACUAGAAGAAGCCCGAGGACGGAUUAGGGAGGAGCAGAAAGCCCUUAAUGCUGAAGUUUCACAAGCAGCUGCCAGAGACGCUCACAGCCCACGCUCCUCUAGGGCCUCGAAGUACCCAAGUUCAAGAGCAGAUAGCAACGCCUCCAGACACAACAACAACAGAAGACGCCAAGGGCCUCUCUACCCACAACCAAACAUGCGUUAUCAAGGAGGAGCAGUUCCAGGCCCCAAUAAUCGCAUGAACCCCCAAAACUCUAGAGCUCCUUGCAAUGCCAAUGGCGUGCCUCUUCACAUUUUCCGAGACGAUGUCGAGUACGCCCGUGCUUUGUGGAGACGCAUGUCUGGCAAGCUGAGGCACCAAAUAUUUCUCAUGAGAGACGAAAGAAGGCAAAGAGAAAGACAAAACCGUCAACCACGAAACGGCCGAGAGCGGCAGCAAGCUCCAGAACGGAGACAAGAGCAAACAGAAGAACACCAGCAACAAAGAGACCCUGUUUCGCAACAAAGAGACCCUGUUUCGCAGACUUCUGAAUAUGACCAAAUGCGGCCUGUCACCAACUUGGGAGAAACUGCUCAUGGACAAGUAUCUCAUGAAAUUUCUUCAGGCGCAAGCGACGCGACAGAUCUUGAGGGCUUGCCUCUUCUCGAUAUCGCAUCUUUUCAAUUCCGCUCUCCCCGUGAGCAAUAUGGAGCAAGUACAUCCAGCAGAUCGAACCCACGGCCCGAGGCGAAUAAUGUUGGAAAUUCCUCAACUGCUCUAAUGGAUUUGUACUUGGCAUUGAAUUCUUGCGAUCCUCGGUUGCCCGCUGAGUCCGAAAAAGCAAAUGAAGAAGAAAAUGAAAGCGUAGCAAACCGAGAGGAAAAUACACAUUGCAAUCACGAGGACCUGCUAAGAAGGUCUAUGCUCAGAUACCUAGGGGAAGGGCACUGGACCUCUUACGAAGAAUUUGUCACUUCUCAGGCUGCCGCGCUCAGGCUGUCUGAAAACGAAAUUAAGCAUAUGCAUUUGGUGUUCUAUCUGGACUUGUUUAAUCAGCAGGCGACUCAGCAUGUCGCGGACAUUCUAAGGGAGCACGGCACAGAAUGCCGCAGCGCCAUAUCCAGCAGCAGAAAAGGCAAGGAAGGUAUUUGCCUUCAGGAGAACACAGAAACAAACGUACAAGAAUGCACAGUUGCCAAACGAGAGCUGCAGAAUCGACUUAGGCUACUCCAGAUCCUUCAAGAAAGAUAUAGGGGCCUAAUCGAAGGGAGAAUUGAGCAGCUCAGGAACGUUAUCCUCAGAACUGCUCAGAAUAACAACUCGCGCGGAGACAACGACGCACCAGAGCAAGCUCCCGAAGAGAAACCUCAAAAGCCUCAAGAAAGGCAGCACGAGGAAGCCCCGGAGGGUGAAGGGAAGAGCGUAGAGACAGCCCAAGGUCAAGGGAGCGAUAGCACAAGUGAAACUGUCCAGAACGCCGCAGACCAGCACUCAGAGCCCUCGCCUUAG